GGGAUCGCUCGCCCGCCCCCUCCCGGCCGUCCCCCGCCGUCCCGGCCCGAGGAUGCGCCUGUCCCGCUGGCUGCUGAGGCAGCCGGUGCCCGUGCAGAUCGAGCGCUACUCCCGCUUCUCGCCCUCGCCGCUGUCCAUCAAGCAGUUCCUGGACUUCGGGCGAGAUAAUGCUUGUGAAAAGACAUCGUACAUGUUCCUCCGGAAAGAGCUUCCGGUGCGAUUAGCCAACACGAUGAGGGAAGUCAACCUCCUGCCCGACAACUUGCUCAGCCGGCCCUCCGUCGGGCUGGUGCAGAGCUGGUAUAUGCAGAGCUUCCUGGAACUUUUAGACUAUGAAAAUAAGAGCCCAGAAGACCCUCACGUCUUGGAUGACUUUCUUCAAGUCCUGAUUAAAGUCCGAAACCGGCACAAUGACGUGGUCCCCACGAUGGCCCAGGGCGUGAUCGAGUACAAAGAGAAGUACGGGUUCGAUCCUUUCAUCAGCAGCAACAUCCAGUAUUUCCUGGAUCGCUUCUACACCAAUCGCAUCUCUUUCCGCAUGCUCAUCAACCAGCACACCCUUCUGUUCGGCGGUGACCCCAACCCAGCUCACCCCAAACACAUCGGCAGCAUCGACCCCACCUGUAACGUGGCCGACGUCGUCAAAGACGCAUAUGAAACCGCCAAGAUGCUGUGUGAGCAGUACUAUCUGGUAGCCCCAGAGUUGGAAGUUGAAGAAUUUAAUGCCAAAGCUCCGGAAAAGCCCAUUCAAGUGGUUUAUGUACCUUCUCACCUGUUUCACAUGCUCUUUGAGUUGUUCAAGAACUCCAUGAGAGCAACUGUCGAACUGCACGAAGGGAAAAAAGAAGGCUACCCGGCAGUUAAAACUCUAGUCACUUUGGGAAAAGAAGAUUUGUCGAUUAAGAUAAGCGACCAAGGAGGCGGCGUGCCCCUGCGGAAGAUCGACCGCCUGUUCAACUAUAUGUAUUCGACGGCUCCCAGGCCGAGCCUGGAACCUUCGCGAGCCGCCCCUCUGGCCGGGUUUGGCUAUGGCUUGCCAAUUUCCCGUUUGUAUGCCAGGUAUUUUCAGGGGGACCUCAAACUCUAUUCCAUGGAAGGCGUGGGAACGGAUGCUGUAAUUUAUUUGAAGGCCCUUUCAAGUGAAUCAUUUGAGAGGCUGCCGGUGUUUAAUAAGUCGGCCUGGCGGCACUACAAGACGAUGCCCGAAGCCGACGACUGGAGCAACCCCAGCAGCGAACCGAGGGAUGCUUCCAAAUACAAGGCCAACCCCGAUAAGGUGAAAACCAACCAGACGCUGUAAGGAGCCUUGGGCCGGGAAGAAACGUCGCGUCUCCCGCAGCGGCUCGUCCGGCGAGCGCGGCCGAUCCCGGGGCGGGGAGGGGGCCGCUCCCCGGGCCGGCACGGCCCGGGCACGUCCGUCAACUCUGGAACGAUGGCUGUGGCCCGGCGCCGCCGCCAACGGCCCCGGAGCUUCCGGCCGGGGGCCGGAGGGCAGCUUGACCGUCAGGUGGGCCACGCUCCCUUUCCCACGGCUUGCGCCCCGUCCACCCGCCGCCCCCCGCCUCCACCUAGCUCAGCCGGGCACCACUCUGCCGUCCAUCACCGGCCGAGUCUCGGGGCCGCGCCCCCGUCGUCCGUCCCUCGGCCCCCGCUUCCUCUUGGGGUACCCUCCCGCUCUCCAUCCCUGUCCCGCCAUCGAUUCCCGUUGCCCGUGUACCUCGCCGCGCUCUCCGAUUAAAGCGUUCUCAAAGCC